CUGCAGCUUAACGGAGGAUGAUGUUGAGCCAAAGCUUAAAUACGUGCGGUUAUCGAAUGACAUAAAAAAUAUACUCAGCGAGGAAGCAAUCAGCUGCAUAGCAGUUCACCCAAGAUUUCUCUGCCUAGGCACGCAUUGGGGAAGGAUUCAUAUGCUCGACCACCAGGGAAACUGUGUGCAUACCAUCAUAAACAUUAAGGAAAAUGCACAUAUUCUAUCGGUGAACAAAAUUUCGGUCGAUAGUAAAGGCGAGCAUAUAGCGACAUGCUCCGACGACGGCAAGGUAGUUAUUAGCGGAUUGUACACAAACGAGAACAAUCAAACGCUUAGCACCGGAAAAAUUAUCAAAGCAGUCGAGCUGGAUCCUCAACAUCACCGCUCCGGGGCUGGUCGGAAAUUUAUCAUAGGAGAUAACAAGUUGGUGCUCUAUGAAAAAACCUUUUUGAAGGGUCUCAAAUCGACAGUCCUGAGCGAUUCUGAGGGUCAGGUAACAGCUAUUAAAUGGAAUGGUCAGUUCGUAGCUUGGGCAAGUUCGCUAGGAAUUCACGUCUACGAUUUGAACGAAAAAUGCUCACUAGGGUUUAUCCAAUGGGAAGAACCAAAAGAGGGAAAACUAACCGACUAUCGGUGUAAUUUGAAUUGGUCCAACCCUACGACGCUGCUCAUCGGUUGGGUCGAUACCGUGCGAAUAUGUGUGAUACGCAAACGCAAUGCAAUCGAGGUGUCGACCCGAAACCUUCCCGUGCACAUAGUAGAUCCAAUGUCCACAUUCCAGACCGAUUUUUACAUCUGCGGCAUUGCGCCCUUAGAAACGGUCCAACUAGUCGUGCUUGGCUACUCGAAGGAACGCGAUUCGGAGACGAACAAAGCACUACGGCCAAUACUCUGUGUGCUGCAGUAUAAUGCGAGCGAUUACAUCGAAAUCUGCACCGACAGCCUGUCAAUGCGUGGCUAUGAAGAAUACAAAUGUGAUGAUUACCAUCUGGAUUGUUUGAUCGACGAAAACCAGUAUUUUAUCGUUUCUCCAAAAGACGUCGUGGUUGCCAAUCUGUACGAAACUGAUGACCGCGUACAGUGGCUCAUUGAACAUGGCAAAUUUGAACAAGCGAUGGAGGUGAUAUCGAAACAUGGUGGAAAAUAUUCGCUCAUUACCGUGGCGCGACUUUAUUUGGAUCAUCUACUAUCGCUGCAGCAAUUUGAUGAGGCAGCUCGACUGUGCACACGUGUCUUUGGCAACGACAAACAGCUAUGGGAGGAGGAGGUUUACAAGUUCGUGAAGGUAAAGCAACUACGGUCGGUCAGCAGCUACAUCCCGGUAUCGGACGAGUGUAAGCUCAAUCCGCACGUAUACGAAAUGGUCCUGUACGAGUAUCUGCAGCUUGACCCGAGCGGGUUUCUGCGUCUGGUUAAGGAAUGGCCACCCCACCUUUACAAAACGAAGGCCGUCAUCAAUGCCAUAAACGAUCAUUUUAACAAGAAGGAUGCUAAUAUUCUGUUGGAAGCACUUGCUAUACUGUACACGCACGAAAAGGACUUUGAAUUGGCACUAACGAUGUAUCUCAAAUUGCAACACAAGGACGUGUUCGAGCUGAUCACAACGUACAAUCUCUACGGCAUGAUUAAGGAUUCCAUCGUGCAGCUGAUCGAGCUCGACAGUGAACGUGCGAUUGCAAUGCUGCUGAAGGACAAAAUUCCGCCCGAAGAUGUCGUGCGUGAGCUGGAACAGCACGAACAGUAUCUAUACCGUUUCCUGGAUGCGUACGAUAAGGUGGACAGUAGCGAUAAAUUCCACUGGCGACUGGUGAAUCUGUACGCCCGGUACGAACCGGACAAGCUACUGCCGUUCCUCAAGCGCUCGAAUAACUACCCAAUUCAGGAAGCAUACGACAUCUGUCAGAAGCUUCUCUUCUAUCCAGAGAUGGUAUACCUGCUGGAUAAGAUGGGAAGUACACGGGAAGCGCUUAGCAUCAUACUGCACAAUCUGAAGAACAUUCAGAUGGCGAUCGAUUUCUGCAAAGAUCACGACGACAUGGAUCUGUGGAACGAUUUGAUCAACGAGUCUGUCGAUAAGCCGCACGUAAUGACGAAGCUGCUCAACAGCAUCGCCGGCUUUAUUGACCCGGAGCUGCUGGUGAACAAAAUUCAACCUGGGCAGGAGAUCGAAGGGCUGAAGGAAGCGAUCAUCAAAAUGCUGUGCGGAUACAGCCUUCAGGUGUCGAUACAGGAAGGCUGCAACGAGAUACUCGCCUCCGAUUACUUCGAUAUGCAUGAGCACUUGGUACGGGUGCAGCAGGGCGCUUUGUCUGUUUCGGACGACCACCUUUGUGGCGUGUGUCGAAGAGACAUCAUCGUUAAUAAAGAUAACAUGCGUGCGGAUAUUGUGAUGUUCAACUGUAGACACUACUUCCACGAAAAUUGUCUCCUCGACAAGUACAACCUCGAAUUUUGUAUAGUUUGUAAUUCGAAAAAAAUGGGAAAGCCACCCGCGGCGGUUUCGUAAGCAUCGGACAACCAAGGGAGGCGAAGGACGGACCAAUUUUGCUAAACACAAUUGACGAAACGAAACCACAUUAAAUCCCACGGAGCGUCCCCGAGCGCGAUAUGGUGUGUUGGCUUGCUGCUUCCGUUGGAUCUGUUCAGUCCGAAGGAUUCGUUCAGUUUUUUUUUAUCAUUGUGCAUAACUCACAACUCGUGGGUUGUACUUUUUUUUAAAGCCAAAAAUCAAAAAAAUUAAGUAUCAUUUAUACAGUUAGUAUGCAGUAUAGGAAUGCAAUCAAGAAAAUAGGCUGCUGCUUAACGAACCAGGCCCCGUAGUACUAGCUAACAAAUAUUAUCAAAAUAAAACGGUUUAGUGUAAAAUACUAUUUUUUAAAAGCACU